AUGAAUGGCGACGACUCCGGCGACGAGAACUCGCUGAAGGGCUUCUAUGCAUAUAAGAACACAUUCGAUGAAGACACUAUAUGGAUGGACAUCCCAAGAAAUGGGUACUGGAUGGAUCUCAACGACCUUGGUACUUACUUUGCAUCGUAUGUACCCGUCAAGGCACGUGAGAACCCGUUGCUCAAGUAUGCCGCAGUGGCCUGUGCAGCCAAGGCUCUUGCACGUCUCCAAGGCAGCAGACGAAGUAGCAUGCGUCCGAGUCGUCCUGAUAUGUACCCCGAAGCGUCAGUGGUCGAUUGGAAGCACAAGGCGGCUGUCUUCUAUGACAAUGCUGUGUCCCUAUUACUUCAGGCAGUCAAAAAUGAUACCAACUCUACACCGGAGUCUACGGACUGCGAGCUAAGACACCAUAACGGAAACAUAGCGCAAGCAUUCGAUGCACAAGCGCCCAAACGUCGUCGGACAUCUAGUAGCGCCUCUUUCGUGUCCAAUCCCGAUGAUCUGCUGGCAGCCUCGGCCAUCCUGUGUGUCUACGAAUUCUUGGACACCUCAAUCUCUGAGUGGGCUGGACAUCUGAAUGGAGCAAAGUCACUUCUAGUCCUCACACAAGAGCGUAUGAAGCCUCUGCAGAUGCCCUCACCUGGUUCUCCAGUGUCAUCAGCUACCUACAACUUCGUCUCCAAAGCUCGCAGAGCUACGUUCUGGAACAUUGCCAGACAGGACGUGCUCUCAGCUCAGGAUCGUGCGUUAUGGAGAGAAGCUGGCCUUCUUAUCGACGAGCAAGGCUUUAUCGUUCCGAGCAACAAACCUUUGAACGUUUACCAAGGUGAAGCACAGAGUACGAUGAGCGAAGAUCUUAUCUGCAACGCCCUCAUCUGGCUCAUGGCCAAGCUGGUCAACUACAUGGCUGCUGGCGACUCUCUUACCACUAACGACAUGGGAUCAUGGACCGGAGUCACUCAGCGCACGUUACUCGACUACUGGCACAGUCUGCAAAACCAAUUUCAGCCUUCCGCUCGAGUGGAACCCUCGCGUACCCCGGGACGCCUCCUCAAAAACGACAACGAAUCCAUGUUCACCGAGAUUUGGUACAGCAUCCCCAUGUGCGCAGCCACCAUGCAGACAUACCACAUGAGCCAGAUUCUGCUUUUCAUGAACAAGCCCCACGAGUCGACUCAAGGCGGCAGCACGGUGUGUGCACGUCUUAACUCGUACCAAUCGGUCCUGGCAGCUUGCCAAAAGCAUAGCCGCGAAAUCGUUGGCAUUUCUUUGGUCUGUUCUGACGAAGCGGUACGCAUCCAAUCAGUCCAGCCUUUGUUCACCGCCGGACAAUGCCUCAGUGAUGCUCGGGAACGCCAAGUAGUCCUCAACCUACUUCAGGAUGUUGAAUCGAAUAUCGGUUGGUCAACCGACUACAGGGUUAAGCAGCUCGUUGAGCAGUGGCAGUGGGAAGAGCAGGAAGCCAUCGUACCCUGA